AUGACAUCCAUAGCCAUGAGAUCAAUUGCACUGCUGGUCCUCGCGACUCAGUCCCUCUCCCAAACAGUCAAUAUCUUCCGCCAGAUUCCAGGCGACGUCGAGCAAUGCGUCCGACCAUGCCUCUUCCGUCCCAACAACCCCAACGCCGACGUCGGCAGCGCUCUAAACUGCGGCGCACCAUACCAAGAGAAAUGCUACUGCGCGACCGACAGCGAUAACGCGAAAGCAGUCAGCAAGCACAUCGACAGCUGCGCACAGGCGAGUUGCUCGAAUGGACAGGAGUCGCAGGAUGCUGAAACUAUGAGGCAUUACUACGCUUCUUACUGUAUGGGGAAUGGAUACUCGGCGGAAGCGAUGGAGGAAUGGUAUACUGGUACCGAGGCUCAUGUUACGGGAACAGGAACGGCUACAAGAAAAGACAUGUGGGGUUGGAGUACCAAGACGGGGACAGGUCCCAGAGCGCAACUUUUUCCUGACCCGACAGGAAGAAACGGCGACGAUGACGAGGAUAACGGCGGUUUAUCUUUGACAAGCUGCAGGUUACUGUCCUUGGGCAUUCCAAUCCUCGUGACUCUUUCUCAGUCGAUUCAACUUUAA